GCUCCCUCCCAAAGACCAGGUAGAGGAGGAGGAAGAUGACUGUGGAAUGGAGGAGGAGACUGAAGACUCUGUGUUUGUGGAUGCCGAGGAGCUCUGCAGCGGAGGGCUCAAGGCUGGCGGCCUCCCUUCAUGCAGUCAAGGGUUCAAACAAUAACAGCAGAGAGACUGGGACCAGAGGCCUGCGUAUGAGGGGAAACCAGGAUGUCCAGCCAGCUUGGAAGAAGCCUCCUCCCCAUAUGUUCCAGUCCAGUUUGUGUGCAGACAGCUAAGAGGAAGUUCCACACAACCAGAAGACCCGGAUGUGUUUAGGCAGGGGCCCAGAAGAAAGGAGUAUCCAUAUAACAGUUUGGAGGGACUGUAGCCUGUGGGUUCAUGGGGGUGCUACCCUGAGUCUGAGGGGAGCAACAGGGAGCGGGGAUAUCCAGUCUCUUUUUAGUUGCAGGGAGAGUUUCAUGAGUGAGUUACUUCUUAAUUAGGUUAUUGGCUUUUUCUACUUUUCCUGAGGACUAGGGGCUGAGGGGUGUGGAGUUUCCCUGACAGACCUGGAAACCUCUAGGGUUAUUUGGUUAGUAAAAGCUGGCCCAUUAUCUGACUGGAUUAAGGAAGACCUAAUUGGGGAUAUUUGACAGGCAGCUCUGUAGGAUUGCUUCAAUCUUUUCAGAGGUGGUGGGGAAUUCUUCAGUGCAUCCUGUAAAGGUGUCCAGCUAGACUAGGAGAUUCUUGAGUUUUUAAAUUUGUGGCAUAUAUGUAAAGUCAAUUUGCCAGCUUGAUGGGUUGUGUUGGGGGGUGGGGUGGGACAGAGGACACCUCGGCGGAAGAUGGAGUGGCAGACUGGGCAGUGUGUGGUGAUCUGUUUUAGUGUAGCCUUCUGGGAGGGGGCUGAAAUGAAGGGCUAGCGUAAGGGGUUUGUAGUCUAUGUGAAAACUAUUAUGGAGGGAGGAGAGAAUCCGGUAGGUUUAAGAGGCAGAAAGGAGGUAUUUUUCUUGGUCAAGUAACCGCCCUUCUGCAGUGGGGAGUGUCUGACCCUACAAACUUUUUUCUGUGGGAUAGUUGGGGUGAUGCCUGUCAGGGAAGGUAUUGGUCCUGGGGGUGAGAUGCUGGUGGAGUCGGCAGCCUUCUUGGCUGUCUGGUCUGCAAAAGAGUUUCCUUGUGCUGUGAGGUCUGUGGGUUUUAGAUGUUCCUUACAGUGAGUCCUGGGAGGGCAGGAGGGCGGUCUCUGGGAGUGCCUUUAUUAAAUGUGAAUUGAUAGUGAGGAUCCUCUGGUGAUAAGAAAUCAUCUUUUAGCUCAUAUUGCUGCAUGGUUGUGAAGGAUUUGAAAAGCAUAUUUUGAGUCUGUGUGGAUAGUAAUUUUGCUUUCUUUUCCUCAGGUUGAGGGAUAAGGUCAGAGCAGUGAGUUCAGCCUGUUGUGAGGUGGUGGUGGUGGUGGGGUGGUGGGGCCUGGCGCUUUAUUACUAUGCCAGUUGUAACUAUAGCAUUGUGUUCUUGCCACACAAGGGGCUGAGGCUUUGCAAGAACUGCUGUCCAUGAACCAGGUGUGUUUUGGGAUCCUAUAGGAAGGUCUGAGGUGUGAGGGAGGAGCCUGGUAUGUAAGAGGGGCAGGCAGUUGUGUUUCCAAGCGGGAUGCCCAUUGUCUUUUGUCUCUAUGGGUGAGUGGUAGGGGAGGAGUGAGAAGGGGAGAGCAGGAGGGCAACAAGGCAUGGGUUGGUACUGGGGAUAGUUAGAGUGGGAUGGGGUGGGUUGUGAGCACCAGGAAGACAUGUGAGAAUAUGUGGUUCUGCGGCUGGCAGAGCCGUGGAGGAGUCUUGGGAGAUACGGUGCUAUCAAUCCCUGCUACAGAACUGUCAGCCAAAAGGAGCUAUCCUGGAAGGGUGGAAUAGGUCGCCCCUAUGUCCUAGGAAUGAAAUAGCUUUACCUUCCACCUCAAGAUUUACCUGAAGUUCCGUGGCUGUGAUGGCCCAGGGGAACAUGGACCUGGACAGUGCCCUCUGCGCUGAGGCUGGGGAAUCCGAUGGGGGAGGAGACAGUGCCAGUUGAGUGGCAGCCAGCGGGACCCCAACUGGAGGAGGGAGGUGGCAGGUAGAAGAGGAUGGCGGAGGGGCAAGGGCAGAGGGAUCAGCAGUGAAGGUCAGUUCAUAGUCAGGAGAGGGCAGAGACGGGGUAGUUGGGGAUGUGGAAAUGAGAGGGAGCGAGGCAGGGUCGCAGGACGUGCAGAGGGAGGAGACUCUGCAGAGAGCAGAAGAUGCCUGGACAUUUGGACCUCAGACCAUUUCUCCAGCCUACGACUAUAAUUGUCAAGGUCUCAGAGAACUGAAAAAUCAAACAUGCCGUGGAGUGGCCAUUGGGAGCCAUUAUCUGUCCAUGCCAUGCCAUGUUAUGGAAGCAGGUGGAUGUUUUGGUGGCUUCAGGUUGGUGUUAAGUUAUAAUUCACGAUGAAAGCACUCAAAAGCAAUGUAAAGUGGUUGGACGUUUCCCCAUAAAGGGUCCUUGGUGGCGAGUGAAGGUACAGGUAAAGCCUGCAGGAUCAAGGAACUAUCAAGUUCAAGGAUUUCCAUCAUACUUCCUACAGUCCAAUAUGUCACCACCUCAUCAAAAAACUAUCUGUUCUCUCUUUCUUAAAGAGUGUGGGGUCCCCAGUGAGGUAGUAAGUCAGUUUUUAGCAUGGGUGAAAGAAGUAUCAAGCUAUGAAGACCUAAGCUUUGAAAAUCUUAAGGAAACAUUAAGAACGUUUUACAAGGAAAUCAGAAAAAAAGAUAAAAAGCAAUUUGGACAAAGUGAACAGCAAGAGUUACCAGAAAGUGAGAUAAGCCUUCCUGUGGAAAACAAAAUUCCAUUUGUAAAUGUCAUGACAGCUUUGCACUUUCCAAAAAUCAUGGAGUUCCUUCCAGUUCUUUUGCCUCGAUACUUUAACCAGCUUAUCAACACAGGUUCUAAGGAGGUAUUGGAAGCAAUCGAAAAAAUUUUAGGGACACAGCCAUGGAAGCUGGGAUUUAGUAACAUAACUUACAGAGAGUUGAAGCUUUUGCGAUGUGAGGCCAGUUGGGCCGCGUUCUGUCAGUGCCCGUCUCUUCUCUGCUUGAUGGCUGAUGUAGAGAAAAAUGCACUGGAUCUGUAUUCUAAACUGAAGCACAUGUGUAGGGAAGAUGGGCACACGUAUGUUGAACAAGUGUCCCUAACUUUACAAUGCCAUUCUUACGAUGUUUGGGAAUGUCUGAAGUUUCUGAAGGAUAUCGGUGUGGUAAUAUUUCAGAAGGGCUGUAUCUUUCUUUAUGAACUUUACCAGGCAGAAAAAAGCAUUGCCUCUUUAAUAAAUGACCUCAUGAAGAGACCUGCCUGGCAUUUGCAUGUCGAUGUCAGGGAGGUGCUGGCCUCUAUUCACACCACAAAACCCAAGGACUCAAGUGAGGACGCACUGAAGGAAAGUAAACUUGAUGAAACAAUAUUAGAAAAUUCUGUAGACAUUUUAGAACUACAGGACAGUGAUGGUCCUACUUGGGAUGAUAAAAAUGGCACUAAUGCGGAAAUGAAUGAAAUCCAGCUGGAUCAUGAUCAAGUGGCUGCUUUGGAAAUGAUCUGCUCCAAUGCUGUGACAGUCAUUAGUGGGAAGGGUGGCUGUGGGAAGACCACAAUUGUUAGCCAACUUUUUAACUACGUUGGCCAGUUAGAAGAAAGGGAAGUGCGAAAAGCUUGUGAGGAUUUUGAACAGGAUCAGGAUGUCCCGGAAGAGUGGACCACAUUUAUUGAACAAAGUCAAAUGGGAGUGGACAAGCCUGUGGAAGUUUUGCUUACAGCACCAACAGGGAAAGCAGCUGGUUUACUGAGAGAGAAAACGGGCCUGCCUGCUUAUACACUGUGUCAGGUCAAUUAUACCUUCUAUUUUUGGAAACAAAAUCUGGAAAAGAAGAAUUUGCCAUGGAGAUUUUCUUCUGUUAGAGUUCUGGUUGUAGAUGAAGGAAGUUUGGUAUCUGUAGCAAUCUUCAAAUCAGUUUUAAAGUUAUUGUGUGAGCAUUCCAAACUUUCUAAGCUUAUUAUCCUUGGAGAUAUUAGACAACUACCCAGUAUUGAACCUGGAAACUUAUUGAAAGAUCUUUUUGAUACUCUUAAGUCAAGAAAAUGUGCUAUUGAGCUAAAGACAAACCACAGAGCAGAAUCUCAGCUAAUUGUGGACAAUGCUACACGAAUCUCAGAACGCCAGCUUCCAAGAUUUGAUUUAGAACUAAAUAUCUGUGAGAAUUCUACAUUCCCUAUGUCAAUUCAAGAUAAGAGAUUCAUUUUUGUCAGACUUCCAGAAGAGGAUACCAGUACUCAGUCAUCUAAAAGUGAUCAUAGGUCACAUCUGUAUUCUGCAGUUAAAGCUUUAUUGCAAGAAAAAGACUUUAAAAAUGCAAAAACAUCACAAUUCAUUGCAUUUAGAAGGCAAGAUUGUGACCUCAUCAAUGACUGCUGUUGUAAGCACUACACAGGUCAUCUCACCAGAGACCAUCAGAAGAGAUUAAUAUUUGGAAUUGAUGAUAAAAUUUGUUGUACCAAGAAUGCAUACCUCUCAGACUUACUUUCUGAAAGUCCCUCUGAAACUCAGCCACGUAGUGAUCUACAGGCCACUGCUGAAGGCCUUUGUGGUACUGCUCACGAUUUUACUAAAAAUAAGCAUGAACUUGAAAGUGGCAUUCGACUGUGUAAUGGAGAGAUAUUUUUCAUAACAAAUGAUGUAACUGAUGUAUCUUUUGGAAGGAGAAGAUUUCUGACUAUUAGUAAUAUGGCUGGCAUGGAAGUAACUGUGGAUUACAGGAAACUAAUGAAAUACUGUCACAUAAAACAUGCUUGGGCAAGAACUAUUCACACUUUUCAGGGGUCUGAGGAGCACACAGUUGCAUAUGUGGUGGGGAAGGCAGGCCGCCAGCACUGGCAGCACGUCUACACCGCAGUGACCAGGGGCCGCUGCAAAGUGUACAUCAUUGCACAAGAGUCUCAGCUCCAGAGUGCAAUCAGGAAACCAAAUAUUCUCCGGCAAACUCGUCUGAAGCAUUUCUUACAAAAUGAGCUGUCUGUCAGAAGUGCCUCUCCAGAAGACCAGCCGUCCCAGCCUGCGAGCUCUGGAGACAGUGGGGGACCCAACUUGCCAGAAGCACCCCUUGCUAAAAACACAACUGUCACCAUCACAGAUGAUGUUGCCAAGAACCAGUCCUCUUCCACUAAUGACAGGAUGGCCAGUGACAUGGAUACAGAUGAGGAUUUGUCAUCUCAAGGGCCCAAAAGGACCUCUGGUGUGAAAAUCUGUGACAGUCCAAGCAAAGUUUCCAAGGUAGAAGAAUCAUCUCCACAAGUAUCUUCUAAAUUUCAGAAUUUGCAGCUAAAUAACUUAAUCCCCAGGCAACUUUUCAAGCCCACAAUCAAUGAAGAAAAUUUCACUUCUUCUUGCUCAAAGUAAUUGUGUAUUAUUUGCCUUUCAAAACAAAAGAGCACUGCAACCUCAAGAGUUUCAAGAUGAAAGAGGAUCCCUAUAAAUUGGAAGUUUACUUCAAGACAGUGGUGUUUUAAAUUGAUUUGAUCAAAGAGAAUCUUAACGAUUUUAACACUUAUCAUUGUGAGAACCAGUAGUAUUGUACACACAUGAGGGGAAAAAAGAAAACGUGUGUUCAAAAAACCCUUCUACUUUCCUUUUUUUAAAAAUUUUUUUGUCUUUUUUCCUUUUUAUCGGUCCCGGGGAUCAAACUUGCGACUGCUGGUCUGCAAGGCAGGCGCUUAUGCCGCUGAGCUAAAUCCCCAGCCCCCAACCCUUCUACUUUCAAAUUAUUAUUAUUUUUUUAGGAUGAUGAUCUUCCACAAUCAUUGUUGGUUUCUUAGCCAGUGGGCGGAAGCAGUGCAGCAGUGAACUGUCAUUGUGUCUGUUGAUGUGGGCGCACAUUGAGGAAUGUCCUGGUCAUUGUGGGUGACCACGAUGACCAGGAUGCUGCUCACUGUGCCCCUGCUGCCGAGACCCAGCACACCUGGGACUUUUCCUGGAAACCCCUCCCGAGUUAGGGCAUGUUAUUUUGAAUGUAUCCCACUUGGGGAAGAUUUCUCUUAAAGUGAUUUGAUUUUAAAUCUUUACUCUUAAAUGGUGCUGUGGUUUGUGUCUCUCAAAGUUCAUAUGCCAGCAGCUUAAUUUCCGAGCUCCAGUGUUGGAAGCUGAGGCCUGAUGUGAGGUGUUGAGGUCCUGAGUGGGUUAGCAACUGGGCAAUGGAUUCCUGCUAAAAAGCAAGUUCUGCCCCGUCUUGUGCUCUCCAGGUCUCAUCUCCGCUGCCUUCUGCCGUGAAGCAGGAUGCCUUUGCCAGAUCCUAGCUCCUCGGUUAAGGCAUACCUUGCUUUAUUGCCCUUUGGUUUACUGUGAUUCUCAGGUGUAGUGUUAGUUGCAAAUUGAACUUUUGUGGCAACCUUGCAUUAGUAAGUAGAUUGCCAUCAUUUUUCUAACUGCUCAAAAAAUAGCAGUUUUUAGUUAUGUUUUUAAUUAAGAUUAUGUAUAUAUAUAUGUGUGUGUAUAUAUAUAUAUAUAUAUGUAUGUGUAUAUCAAAAGGUAUAAUGCUACUGCACAUUUAAUAGGCUGCUAUAGUAUAAACAUAACUUUUAUUUGUACUGGGAAACCAAAAAAAUUCAUUGACUCACUUUACUGUCAUAUUCUCUUAACUGCAGUUGUCUAGAAUCAAACCCACAAUACCUCUGAGGCAUUCCUACAUUGGACUUCCCAUUCUAAAUUACCCAGUCUGUCAUACACUUUUAUAGUAGUCCUGCAGUGCAGAUAUAACUUUUAGUGUCACAGAUGGGGAAGCUGCCUCAUUGUAGGUAAAUGUCAGGCUGCCAGUGAGGAGCAGGGCUGGAAUGGAAAUCCAGAUUUGAAAGCCCAUGUUCUUCCCUCUUAUCCAUGGUGCUUUUCAGUUUUAUGGCAAAACCUCUCCACUUACCCCUGGUGGAACAUGGUGUAAACAUUGUAUAGAACUCAGGAUAGAGUAGUGAAAUAUAUUCAGUGCAUCAAAACUGCAUGCUUUCCUUUUUUUUUGACUUUUUAAAAUCACUGUUUAUUCCAUUUGGUAGAGGGUUUUUUCCAUACAAAUAUUUGCAACAAUUUUGAGUCCCCAAAACCAUACAUAGACGAUAAAUAUCAUGCUAUUAAAGUAUUAAAUUUGUACAAAAAUACUUUACAGUUUAAUACUUGUUUGUUACAAAUAAAAAUACAUAUUUAAGUGA